UCUAAGAUGGCGCGAGAACACUGCGAUCCACGAGGUCCCGCAGCGCUCCUGUAUCUGAAGAGCUCCGACAGUUAGAAAGGAGACCUGCUGGAUCUCAGAGACCAGGACCAAGAGCGGGAUGGAGGAGGACAACCAGGACCCGGAGCCCCGGAGCAACAACGUCCCCGGAGGACAAACAGCAGGCUCGAGCUCUGAUAGCACCGAUGUUCAGAGUAUUGUGAAGCUACAAAAUAUGGUAAAGGAAGUUUCCCAAAGCCCUUUCCAUUAUGAGUGGCAGUAUUAUUAUGACAAGACCCUCGUUUCAUCAACCUCUGACCCCAGUGGAUCAUCAGCAAAUGAGUCCCGAAACAAACAGAAACUGAGAGGAAGAGAUGGAGACACAAGUCACCGCUGUGACGAAUCCUUCACAACAUCAGUCAAGAUUCAUCAGAGUGUUCAAACUGGAGAGAAAACGUUCAUGUGUGAACAGUGUGGAAAAGCUUUCGCUACAUCAAGUAACCUAAAAAACCACCUAUGUGUUCACACUAGAGCGAAAUCAAACUGCUGUGAACAGUGUGGGAAAGCUUUCAGUAAACCAAGUAACCUAAAAAGACACCUACGUCUUCACACUGGAGAGAAACCGUACAGGUGUGAACACUGUGGGAAAGCUUUCGCUACAUCAAGUUACCUAAAAAGCCACCUACAUCUUCACACUGGAGAGAAAUCGAACUGCUGUGAACAGUGUGGAAAAUCUUUCACUAAACCAAGUAACCUAAAAAGACACCUACAUCUUCACACUGGAAAGGAACCGUACUGGUGUGAACCGUGUGGAAAAGCUUUCGCUACAUCAAGUAUCCUAAAAAGCCACUUAAGUAUUCACACUACAGCAAAAUCGAACUGCUGUGAACAGUGUGGGAAAGCUUUCACUAAACCAAUUAACCUAAAAAGACACCUACAUCUUCACACUGGAGAGAAACCGUACUGGUGUGAACUGUGUGGGAAAGCUUUUGCUACAUCAAGUAACCUAAAAAACCACCAACGUGUUCACACUGGAGAAAAAUUGUACCGUUGUGAACAGUGUGGGAAAGCUUUCACUACAUCAGCUCACCUACAAAGCCACCUACGUAUUCACACUGGAGAGAAACCGUACUGGUGUGAACUAUGUGGGAAAGCUUUCACUACCUCAAGUAACCUAAAAUACCACCUACGAGUUCACAUUGGAGAGAAACCAUACUGCUGUGAACAGUGUGGGAAAGCUUUCACUGAAUCAGGUAACCUAGCACAGCACAGACGUGUUCACACUGGAGAGAAGCCGUACUGGUGUGAACUGUGUGGGAAAUCUUUCACUGAAUCAAGUAACCUAGCACAGCACAGACGUGUUCACACUGGAGAGAAACCGUACUGGUGUGAACAAUGUGGGAAAACUUUUAGUCAGAGUAGUUCCCUUAAAAAGCACCAACGCAGUCAUGCUUCUUCAUUGUGAACAUUUAUCAGAGCCUCCUCCUCAUGUCCUGAUGCUGUGUUGUUGUAUUCUCUCCAGGCUGAGGGUUAGACGAAAGUAACUUUAUAUUCUGAGCAGCAUGUUUUUUUUCUGUUGGUUUUUUUGGCAUGCCAAUGUUAUCAGCUGAUAUAAUAGGGCUGACUGGUGUCUGCAUCUGCGUCUGUCCAUUAACGGCAGACUAGGUAUAUUUAGCCACGCAUUUUGUAGAGUCAUUAUGUUACAAGUCGCAAAACAGUGAAGUUUUUUUAGAAGCACGAACCACGUAAAGCAACAGUGAACACACCAGGGAAGAUGUCAUUCGUUAGCUACCAUGUUGGUGUUUGAAAGACUACGUCGUUAACACACUGCCUCUGCAGCUGCUGAUGUGAACAGAAUCGCUGGAGGAAAAGUCCAGAAGACGAGUUCUGUUUAUUGUCAGUGACUUUAUAAAACGAAGCCUAGUACUGAUGGAGAAAGUCACUGGGCAGCUGUACUGUUUUCCCCAGCUCCCCUGUUUAAUGUUACAGUACAGUAGUUUAGUGGUGUAGCCUACGCUGCUGUAGCUAUAUUUCUGAAACAGAGUGGCAGUUCUAACAAACGGUCUGAUCAUUUCUCCCUAAUUCAUCACUUCUAAAUAUUCUCUAACCUUGCUUACAGCAGCUAAUGCAACAAUAACAGUUUGAUCAUAAACACAUUGUAUAGAGAUAAAUGGUGAUGACAGCAUAAAGUCAACAAAUUAAGUUUUUUUUUCACCUUCUCUAAAUCAAAAAAUAAACUAGCUAGAGUAUGUGACACAUCUUCCUGCUAAACAAAGUUAUCUAGCUCCUCUUUCGAAUGUGAAACGUUAGCGUGAGUAAGUUGCAGAUCCUCGUCAAACAGUCAUGUAGUAUUAGAUGCAUUCAACAGCAAUGUUUUCUCUGGGUCACUGUAUUACAGAUGAUGGUUGAAAAAUGGACUCAAGGCUGAGAAAGGCUUUUGUCUUGUCAACUCCAUAAUUAUUCUCUAACAUUAAAUGUCUUGGCUAUCUGUUUCUCUGGUUCAGACUCUCUAAUUGCUCUCGGAUGUAUGAGCUCUGCCCUUCAGUUGAAUUAUUCUUUCUUUUAAUAAAUUCAAUAAAAACA